ACGAACCCACAAGUCAAUGGCCGCCCUCUCAUUUCAUCUCCGCCACCAAUCUUCACUGCAUUCAUAUGAAAUUCAAUGCUCUUGUUCAACUCCGCCGAAGAACACUCUCCAUUUAUCAAAUUACAAACAAAAUCCAAUGCAAAAAUGGUAAAUCUCUCUCGAUUUCUGUUUCUGUUUGUUUUCCUCUUCUCUCCGCCGUCUCUGGCGGUUGAUUUCUUAACCCCAUCUCAAAACCUCACCAACGCCGCCACUUUCGUCUCGGAAAAAGGGUUUUCCGAGCAAACCCCAAGAAAUUUCACGAACCCAUUUUUCGAAAUCUGGCACAACAACCUCAUCACGAUUCGCCGAAUCGAUUACCCAACGGACCCAUUACUCCGCCGAAACGGAAUCCACCGCCGAUUAUCCGCCGGAAAACCCCCCGACGACUUAGAACCGGCGAUGUGGAAGGGCUCGAAGGAGUUCAUGAGAAGCGAGGCUUUGCACCAGUCGGUACCAGGGGAUUACUGCGACACGUACGGUCUCUGCGGCGCAUUUGGGAGCUGCGACAUCGAGCAAAUGCCGGCGUGUCAAUGCUUAAAAGGGUUUCAUCCUAAAGUGCAGGAGAAGUGGAAUUUGAUGGAUUACACAGAUGGGUGUGUUAGAAAUCGGUCAUUGAAUUGCUCUACUGAUAUAAUCGGGUUCGCAAAGUUGCCUGGGCUCAAACUUCCAGACAUGAACAUGUCGUGGGUGAAUGAUAGUAUGAGCUUGAGUGAGUGCAGGGACAAGUGUUCGAGGAACUGUUCUUGUGUAGCGUUUGCAAACGCAGUGGCUCGUGGCUCAGGGAGUGGCUGUGUCAUUUGGGUUGGGAAUCUUGUUGAUAUCAAAGUGGUUCGAGGUGGAGGCCAGGAUUUGUAUAUUAGAAUGUUGGCUUCUGAAUUGGAGACGACGAAGAAGAAGAGCUCGGUUGUCGUCGGCGUUAUCGUCGUUGCAGCCGUUGUCGUGGUUGCUGGAUUGGUUCUUGUUGGGUUUUACAUUAGGAGGAGGAGGAGAAGAAGCCAUGAAAGUAAGGAUGUAGAAGCGCAAGAACAAGACUUGGAGCUCCCAUUACUUGACUUACUGACAAUAUCUACGGCCACAGACAACUUCUCAGCCUCCAAUAAACUUGGAGAAGGUGGUUUCGGCGCGGUUUUUCGGGGUAGACUUGCAACUGGACAGGAAAUUGCAGUAAAGAGGCUUGCUAGCUAUUCGAGACAAGGGACGGAUGAAUUAAAAAACGAAGUGAUACUCAUUGCUAAACUCCAACAUCGAAAUCUCGUGAAGCUUUUGGGUUGUUGCAUCCAAGGAGAGGAAAAGAUGUUGAUUUAUGAGUACAUGCCUAAUAAGAGUUUGGACUUCUUCAUUUUCGACCCGGCUCGAAGAAAGCUUUUAGAUUGGUCUAAAAGAUUCAAUAUCAUAUGCGGAGUAGCUAGAGGGCUUCUUUAUCUUCAUCAGGAUUCGAGGUUGAGGAUUAUACAUAGGGAUUUAAAAGCAAGUAAUGUCUUGCUUGAUGUUGAUAUGAAUCCAAAAAUUUCGGAUUUUGGAAUGGCUAAGACGUUUGGAGGGGAUCAAACCGAAGGAAAUACGAGGAGAGUUGUUGGAACGUAUGGGUAUAUGGCACCAGAAUACGCCAUUGAUGGACAAUUCUCCGUUAAGUCCGAUGUCUUCAGUUUUGGUAUUUUGUUGUUGGAGAUCAUAUGUGGAGAGAAGAACCGAGGUUUUUAUCGUCCCAAUCAUGCUCUCAACCUUAUUGGACAUGCAUGGAAGUUAUGGAACGAAGGAAAACCGUUAGAGUUGAUUGAUGCGACCAUUGGAGACUCUUAUUCUUUAUCUGAAGUGGUUCGAUGCAUCCAUGUUAGCCUUUUGUGCUUACAACAACAACCCGAAGAUAGACCAACUAUGUCAAAUGUGGUUCUAAUGCUAAGUAGUGAGACCAUCUUGGCUCAACCAAAACAACCGGGAUUCUACAUGGAAAGAGAUUCUCUUAAAGCAGAUUCUAUUUCGGGCAAGAAUGAAUCUUCAACUACCAAUGAGUUAACUAUUUCCCUAAUGGAAGCUAGAUAGCGGUUUGUACGUUUCACAUAUUGUAACUAACUUUUUCAAUGCUGAUUCUUCUAAAUUGUUCUA